GUCUAGGCUACUGGAGGGAAUAAUUAGGUUUCUAUGGGCAGCGCGUACUGUGUGUGUGAGAGUGUGUGUAUGUGUGAUGCUGGUGGUAACCGAUGACUAAAUACCUUAAAAUAUGAAUAUAAACCUCUGAAGACGCCGCGUUUAUUUGACAUAAACCUCUGAAGACGCUGCGGUUAUUGGAACAGCGACGGAAGGAGGCCGCCGUGAGUCUCCCGUCUUGCAGGCCGCGGAGGGCGUCGUGUUGUUGGGAGGAGACGCUCCGCAUCCCCGGCUAGCUGCUAGCCUAGCCGCUAGCCUCGCUGCUACGAUGCGCUGCCGCCUCUGCCCGUCUGCUCUUGUGCACAGCGAGCCGCUGCGGGUAGCAGGGCCGGCCCUGAGCUAGUCGCCGACCCCCCCGCUGUGUGAGGGGAGAAGAGGAGACCCGUCCCGCCACUCGGACAGGAUGGACCUUGAUUUAUGUGCCGGAGGGGACAGCACCUGUUGGAAAAUGGAUUUGUCUGCGGUCGCAGAGGGCAGCAUCGAGGUGGUACCGUUGGAGAUGUACGAUUCUGCCAGGGCGAAGAUAGAUGCCAAUCUACGCUGGCUGUUUGCGAAAGCCUACGGCAUUGACCACAUCCCGGAAGACCUGCGCGACCCCUUCUACACGGACCAGUACGACCAGGAGCACAUCAAGCCCCCGGUGCUGCGGCUGCUGCUGUCCUGCGAGCUGUACUGCCGCGUGUGCUCACUGAUCCUGAAGACGGAGCAGGCGUCGGCGCUGCAGUCCCACCUCUGCGUCCUCCAGGCCCUGUCCCGCAAGGGCCUGUACGUGGUGGAGAGCGACGACACGCCCGUCACCGACGGAGACCUUGCCUCCAUGCCCAUCAAAAUGAGUUCCCACAUGCCGAUGAUCGACGCCCUGAUGAUGGCCUACACGGUGGAGAUGAUCAGCAUCGAGAAGGUGGUGGCCUCCGUCAAGCGCUUCUCCACCUUCAGUGCCUCCAAGGAGCUGCCCUUCGACCUGGAGGACGCCAUGUUGUUCUGGAUCAACAAGGUGAACAUGAAGAUGAGGGAGUACACAGAAAGGGAGCACAAAGUCAAGCAGCACCCGCUGGAGUCCCCCGGCCAUCAGAAGUCUCCUUCCAAAUGGUAUUGGAAACUAGUCCCUGUGCGGUACCGCCGGGAGCAUGGAGGCGGACGCCUGCUGCCCUUCUUCCCCGUCAUGGAGGACCUGAUGAAGGACGUGUGCGACGGUGCGGCGCUGCUCUCCGUGGUCCACUACUACUGCCCCGACGUCAUGAAGCUAGAGGACAUCGCCCUGAAGGAGGUGACCUCGAUGGCCGACAGCCUCUACAACCUCCAGCUGCUCAAAGAGUUCUCCAGCGAGUAUCUGAACAAGAGCUUCUACCUGUCCCAGGAGGACAUGCUGUACUCGCCGCUGGUGCUGAAGCACAACGUGAUGGUGUUCAUCGCGGAGCUCUUCUGGUGGUUUGAGACGGUCAAACCCGAGUUUGUCCAACCCAAGCACCUGCAGGAGUUCAAGGAUGCUCAAGCCCUGGCUCAGCCCAAGUGCUCUCGUCCCACCGUCCCCAUCUCCAACGCCACCAAGCGUAGCUUCCUGGCCAGCCCCGGCAUAGCCGAGUCCCAGAGCAACCCUGAGGCCUGCAGCCGCUACUUCCUGCACCCUGAGGAGUCUGACCCCAUGAAGGGCAGCGCAUCGUUCAGCCCCUCCCACCCGCUGCUCCCUCUCAGACAGAGGCAGCAGAAGACGCAGGCCGAUGAAGGGGGAGGUCUGAGGAACCGGUCAAACUCUCUGACGCAGAUGGAGGGACCGCCCCGAGGCUCCGUCAUCGCCUGGCCGGACAAGAGACAGAGGCCGAUGUCCAGCCUCAACCCCUACCUGAUGGACGGCGAGGCGGACCUGGCGUCGGGCGACAGCGUGAGCCUGGCGCGCUCCAUCAGCAAGGACAGCCUGGCCUCCAACAUCCUCAACGUCACGCCCAAGCACCAGGCCGCCGGGCUCCACCCCCAGCCCGGGCACCACCCCAUGCAGGGGCUCCACUCCCAGCCCCCCCGCCGGGUCAACGGCCACGGCCUCCUGGGCAACGUCCACAUGGACGACGAGGACGACGAGGACGGCCUGCCGGCGGGGGUCCGGCCCCACGUGGCCGCGGCCCCCCGUGGGGUCGAGGUCCGGCCCCCCCCCGCGGAGUCCGACCCCGAGGCGGACGGCUUCUUCCUGGAGCCCCUGACGCCGGCGGUGCUGCGGCCCGCCAAGGAGAAGUCGGUGUGCCUGAACAAGGAGGACGAGUGCGGGGAGGGUCCGCGGCCGUCCGGGAGGGGCUCGCUGCGCCGGGGCGACGCCCCCUCCUCGGCCGUGAGGAGAAAAACCCCCUCGCUCCUCAACCGCACCUUCGUCUCGGGGGAGGAGGACCCCCCGUCGCCGCUGGAGCCCCCCCAGGGCGCAGCCGCCGCUCCGGACCCCCAGACCAGGGGGCAGCGCUCCUCGGGCUUCUUCCUGCACGUGGACAGCGUGGAGGACGAGGCGGAGCCGGAGCCGGAGCCAGAGCGGGACCCCCCCGCGGACGAGGACGAUGACGAGGACCUGGACGAGGCCCUCACCACCAAGGACCCCAACUGGCAGAGGAAGGCCUUCUCCGACGAGGAGGAGGAGUCGGCCAAGCUGCGGGAGGACAUGAAGGUGAAGGAGCACGUGGACAAGGAGGACAAGGAGGCGGGCGGCGGCAGCGGGCGCUCCAGCCCCUGCCUCAGCAACCACUCGCAGGCCAGCAGCGUGGCCAGCUGCAGCGUGCGCAUGACCUCCUUCGCCGAGCGCCGCGCCCACCACCAGCGCUUCGGCAGCAACCACGACCUGCGCUCCAGCGCCUCCAGCUCCCAGCGGACCACGCCCGACGGCUCCGAGUGCAGCGGGCCCCUGGCCUCCUCCUGGAGGCUGAAGCGGGACCAGAGCCCCUCGUCCCCCCUGGGGGCCCGCGGCGGCGGGGAGGGCGGCGGCGGCGGCGGCGGCGGCGGCGCCAACAUGCUGGCGUCGGAGCUGGUGCAGCUCCACAUGCAGCUGGAGGAGAAGCGGCGGGCCAUCGAGCACCAGAAGAAGAAGAUGGAGGUGCUGUCGGCGCGGCAGCGGCAGAAGCUGGGCAAGGCGGCGUUCCUGCACAUCGUCAAGAAGGGCGGCGGCAGGAGCGACACGCUGCCCAACCCGCUCAAGGCGGACUUCUCCAAGGACGACGUGAACGGGGGGAAGGACGCGGCGUCCAAGGACGACUUCUGCGUGGAAGCCCUGAGGGCAGAGAAGGAGGCGGAGCCGUCCCCCCCGCCGCCGGUCGCCCUGGAGACGGAGAAGAAGGGCGGCAACGGGGGCUUCCACCCGGAGGAGGAGCUGGACCUGAACGAGUGCAACCGCUCCAUCGAGCUGCUGAACGACGCCAUCGGCAGCAUCCAGCAGCAGAUGAUGCAGCUGUCCUUCCAGCAGGAGAUGCUCAUGAAGCAGAACGUGACGACGCUCCCCGCGGCCGGCCUCCCGCCGCCCGCCGCCGACCCCAACGUCCGCGCCGCCGUGCACUACGUGGAGGCCACGGGCGCCGCCCCCGCCAUGCGGAAGCCCCCCAAGCUGUCCUCGGCCCGCGGCCCCAGGACCAAGCCGUCGGAGCUCAAGAUCGCCAAGGAGACGAGCCGCCCGGCCUCCCGGACCCUCGGCCAGAGCGCGGCGGAGAGCCCUUCCAACGCGAGGCUCACCCCCGGGGGGCGGUCCCCCAGGGACCCCCCCGACAGCCCCCGGACCCCCGCCGCCGCCGCCCCGGAGCCCUCCCACCGGCCGGGCGCCGGCCACCAGCGGAGCGCCUCCUUCCGGCUCAACGACGAGGACAACAUGCGCCAGCCCACCCGGCUGGACCCCGCGGCGCUGGCCGCCUCGGAGGUGUCCUCCUCCUCCUGCGUCGAGGGCCCCCCCGGGCCCCCGGAGCCGGGCGCCGACGAGGGCCGGAGGAGGGAGGGGGCGGAGGAGCUCCAGCGCAGCAGGGCCCCCCUGAUCGAGGUGGACCUGUCGGGGCUCGGGGACCCGGAGGAGGAGGGCGGGGCGCCCGACGUCUCGGUGGACGGCCUGGACGGGGAGCAGAAGGCCGUCCUGGGCUUCUUCUUCAAGGACGAGCAGAAGGCGGAGGACGAGCUGGCCAAGAAGCGUGCCGCCUUCCUGCUGAAGCAGCAGAAGAAGGCUGAGGAGGCACGCCUCCGCAAGUACCAGCUGGAGGCGGAGUCUGAGCUGAAGAGAGAGGAAGCAAGGCGGAAGGCGGACGAGGACCAGCGGAAGAAGGAGGAGGAGAAGACGCGGCGGGAGCUGAUCAAGCAGGAGUACCUGCGACGCAAGCAGCAGGAGCUCCUCGAGGAGCAGGGCCUGGCCCGGCCCAAGCUCCCCAAACUCCCCAAGACCCCCAAGCCCAAGCAGAAGGCCCGGCCCAAGUCCAUCUUCAGGGAGGAGUCGGCCAGCGACAAGUGCUCUUCCUCCAUGCCUGACAACCUGAUCAGCGCCCAGUCGGGCUCCAGUCUGUCCCUGGCCUCGGCCGCCACCAACGAGGCCGACAGCGUCAACUCUGGAGGGGCCGGCUCCCAACGCUGUGACUCGGUGGAAUCCUUCCCUGGCAGCCGCAACCCCAGUCGCAUGGCGGAGAGGGACUGGGACAACGGCUCCACCGCCUCCUCCAUCACCUCCAUGGCUGAGUACACUGGUCCCAAGCUGUUCAAGGAGCCCAGCGCCAAGUCCAACAAGGCCAUCAUCCACAACGCCAUCUCCCACUGCUGCCUGGCAGGGAAGGUCAACGAGCCCCAGAAGAACCAGAUCCUGGAGGAGCUGGAGCGCAGCGACUCCAACCACCUGUUGAUCCUGUUCCGGGACGGCGGCUGCCAGUUCCGCUCGCUCUACACCUUCGUCCCCGACACGGAGGAGAUGCACAAGCUGACGGGCUCGGGGCCCAAGAGCAUCACCAAGAAGAUGAUCGACAAGAUGUACAAGUACAGCUCGGACCGCAAGCAGUUCACCGCCAUCCCCGCCAAGACGGUGUCGGUGAGCGUGGACGCCCUCACCAUCCACAACCACCUGUGGCAGGCCAAGAGGGGCACCGUGCCAAAGAAGAGCGCCAAAUAGCAAGGCCAGGGGCCCGGGCGCUGGCCCCCUUACUCCUCCUCCUCCUGCUGACCCUCCCUCUCUACUCUGCUUCUUCCCUGGAUGGCCGUAGCCCCCCGGCUCAGUGGACCACCGCCCUGGGUCUGGCACUCGCCCUCCAGGGGUCUGCACGUACGGACCGCGCGGCAAUCCCAUAGGUGUUAAAGACAGUGACGGAUGACGUAGUUGUGCGUGCGUGCGUGUGUGUGUGUGUGUGUGGUCGCUUGUGUGCGUGCGUGUGUGUUUCGUCAAGGGGUCGGUGCUCAUGAAAGGGAAUGCUAUUUAAAUUGCGAUUCACCGUCUCCUCGAUGUCCGUGUCGAGACGACUCGUUUUUUUCUACCGCGACCGCAAAUCAAGCAUGUGGCAUUUGUUUCUUUAACGCAUUUGUUUCUUCAUGUGUGGACAUUACUUUUUGUACAUGGAGUACGUGUUGGUUUUGGCAUCAUCUUCACGGUCGGGCCGGUCAGAUGCAGUGCUGCAGCCAUCUUUACCCCCUCAUCUCCCCAUCUCCCCCCUCUCUCGGACUCACGGGGUUGAAUAUUCCACCUCCUGCCGAGAAGGAUUGAGAGGGAGAGAGUGGCUCCGCGUGACCCUGUCUGUCUGAGUUUCUGGGAGCUGUCGACGUCCGUUAUCGAGGCGUUUUGCUGGUUCUACAGCGCUAACACCACCACCGUACCCGGGAGAGAGGGAGCCCCCGGACCUUCCACUCGGCUGGCAUUACCACUUUUGCCUCGCUGGGGGUCUUCGAACCUGCUGCUCAGAACGUUGUUUUUCAGUGUCUGGGGUCGCCCUUUAGACAUACGUUGGCCUUUUCACGCAUCAUCGUGGUUCUGUCGUCUAUUUAUUCACCCGCCUUUUAACGCACGCUGAACAUGUAGCCCGGGCUGUGUUGAGGACCAUUUCCAGGUCGCUCAUGUUGGACACACACUACGCUUUAUUUGUUGACACCUCGCUGUUGGCGAGGGUUGAGUGGUAGGCUUUGGUACAAAGAAAUGAUGCCGUUUUUAAUCGGUGUUUAGGUUGGUUUCUAUUCUUUCUGUGUAGUGGAGUUCAAGCGGCAGUCUUUUGUUCCUCCAUAACGGCGCUUCUCUGACGUCUAGAGCUUCGACGUGUUCCGUCUCCCCUCGGCACUUGAAUUGUAAUCAUAAACACAUCGUGUCAAUGGCUUUUCCCCAUGCAGUGUAUACUUAUGCCCCAAAAAUACUCCCCGCCCCAAUACCCUGACCCCACUCCAUCUGACACCCAACCCCACCCACCCCACCUACCCCACCUACCCCACCCACCCUACCGACCACACUCACCCACCCACCCCACCAACCUACCAACCCCACCCAGCCACCCCACCAACCUACCAACCACUCCCACCUGCGAGAUGCAGGGCGUGCAACGCCCCAUCAUCACCAUGUCGGGUUCUUCUUCUAUAAAGGGAUGUACUAUGUGUUGUGAGGACAGGGCUGUACCAUGUGUUGUAACCACGGGGUUGCUGCCUGCUCGGUGGGUUAUUUACCAACAUUAAAGAACAUUCCUCAAGGUGUGGUCAAGCACUACAAUGUGGUCACUUUCUCUCUCUCUCUCUCUCUCUCUCUCUCUCUCUCUCUCUCUCUCUCUCUCUCUCUCUCUCUCUCUCCCUCUCCCUCUCCCUCUCCCUCUCCCCUUUCCCCCUUUCUUUGUCUCUCGCCCUCCCUCUCGAAUCUUUUGUUGUUCACGUCCAAGUGCUUUUAGAAACCCUUCGUGGGCCUAUUGAACAACCCGAGUGUUGCACGUGCACUUUAUUUGUUUGCAACACUGCGUCAAAAGCCUCCAUCUUGGUUCUUGGUUCUCCUCAACUGUCCAUAUUUUUAGACACUUACAAAGGAACAUCUGGCAAUGAAGAAAGGGGACUUGUAAGAAUUGUCUUGGAAAAUGUGUUAUCGUAGAAAACGUAACAUCCAAUAAUUUUGAAGUCUAUGCUUUUUAUGUUGAGAUGGGGCAUUUUUGCAAAGCAGUGUGGGGAGAAUUCACCUUUUUUAUUAAGUCGAUAUACAAUGCAAGAUGGAAAUGAAUAUGGCAUUUUAUUUUUGAAAACCACUCCCUAUAGGCUUUGUGAGUGGAGCAAACACUAGGAUUAAAAUACUGACUCUAAACUACUGCUGUACCCCAAUCCCCCAAAAAUAGCUACGAUACUUGAUUCAUAAUUUGCUGCAUUUUUUGAUUCUUAUUUUUUUGGGAUAGAUCUUUUUUAUUGUACGUGUCUUUUUAUGUUCACUAAAAGAUUGUAUUGGCGUCAGUCACCAUGUUUGUUAACACUAUCGUGCCCUAGUCUGUUGCUCUGACCCCAUACCAUCUAUUUAUAUUUCAGAGGAAGCACUGAAUCAUAAUAAACUGUCAAGUAAAUAAACACAUUUUCAUUUUA